AUGUGCAUUUCCGCUUCGCAGCAUUGCUACACGAAGCAAACAGCAGAGCCGAACUACGGGGCUAGAGGCCAUAAUGCUCCUAUCAAGUACGUGGACGCUGUCAGCCGCGCAAUGUCGAUUGCAAAGGAACAUCGCCAGUUGGCAGAUUCGGACGAUCACCCUGUUAAGGAUGAGAUCGAGGCCAGACUCUCGUAUGUUGAAAAUGACGACCAAGCCGCUGAGACAGCUUACUGCGUAACGACAACCAUCGCAGGUCAACAGACCGGAGCAGUGAGAAGGAUCCCCCUGAUGGAUGCUCUUCAUAAGCCUGCGGCACAUACCAUCAAAGCGCCACAUUCCACACCAAAGGCUGAUACGUCCGCGAUGGACGGCUUCGCAGUCUGUUCAAGUUCGACCGCCAAUGCAUCACCCAAGGAUCCCGUCAGGUUAAGAGUAGUAUCCAUCAUUGCCGCAGGAGACAGGGUCGAUGCCGAGCAAGAUCUUGACAUCGCCAAGGAUGGACAUACAAAUUCGCAGACAUCAAACAUCUGUGUCGAAAUAAUGACUGGGGCUAGAUUUCCACACCGUGCAUAUCCCCAGCUGGAUGCCGUUGUCAAGGUGGAAGAUGUGGCCAGUCAUAAACCAGAUCCCUGGACGCGUCAAGGAGAAGCAUAUAUCGAUGUAUUUGCACAUGUGCGCAAGAAUCAGAACAAGAGGGAUGCAGCUAGUGACAUCGUCAAAGGAGAUCGGAUAGUCCUUGCAGGUCAAAAAUUCGAACCGAAGCAUAUCAUGGCGCUUGCCAGCCUCGGCUUCAACGAAGUAGAUGUGGCUGAGGAUGGAGCUCACAGGCGACUGGACUCGAGAUUUCUGAGAGUAUCAGGACAAUGGAAGAUAGGAGUCGUCUCCACGGGGUCGGAAUUAAUUGAUCUCAAUUCAUUGCCAUCGAAUGGUUAUCCAGUCGAUGGACGUCGAGCUGCUGAAGAAACUCUCCCAAAUUCAAACGGUCCCUACAUUUGUACCGCCCUCCGUGAACUGGAUCCUCGUCAGCGGGUGUUGUACCUGGGUGUUGUCAAGGAUACGGAGGACGCCCUUGAAGAAAGUUUCCGAGACGCAAUUCUCGGGCAAGGUGUCGAUGUCCUGAUCACAACUGGUGGAGUAUCGAUGGGAAAGUUUGAUCUGGUCAGACCGGUCGUGGAGAAUCGGAUGGGAGGAAGGGUGAUUUUCCAUGGUGUCAACGUUCGACCAGGACUGCCGGUCAUGUUUGCUUGGGUUGAGUUGGACGAACUCAAUGGAGCAAGACCAAAGCGUCGGCGGACUGUUGUUUUCGGUCUGCCGGGGAAUCCGCUCGCUACAGCUAUGGCACUUCGAUUUUUCGUAAUGCCGUAUCUGACGGUCCUUCGUGGAGAAUCACCAUUGAUACCCCCCAUAAUAUGCGCAGCUCAUUUUGAGCAAAGAGGCGACAUGACGCACACAAACGACUCCGGUCAGGAAUGCAGCUCUGCAAUGUCUCCAAGUCGGAGAAAGCCAGAGCACUUGCGAGUGUUCUGGCUUGCCAGAUGGCGCAAGGUCGUGGAUGGACAUAAUGGGAGGCCAACGUUAGAGAUUCUGGAAGAGCAAUCGUCAUACAAAGUCGGCAAUCUUGUACAGGCCGACUGUUGGGUGGAAGUGCCCGAAGGUGUCCACUCAGUGGUGGACGGCGAAAAUGUGAUGGCUCACCCGUUGUCUCCCGUCAAUCACUCAUGA